GAAAGUCAAGCUACGUGCCGGGUUCUUCUCGUUUAUAUUCUUUCCACUCAUCCACUUGCUUUUCCCGUACCUGGUUUUUCAACUCUCUCCUUCUGUCUUGUUUUGCCUAUUUACAUAUUCAGCGUAUUAUUCAAUGAGAAAACCUUGUUGUGAGAAGAAGGAAACCAACAAAGGAGCAUGGUCUAAACAGGAAGACCAGAAGCUGAUUGACCAUAUCCAGAAACAUGGUGAAGGCUGCUGGCGCUCCCUUCCUCAGGCUGCAGGGUUGCUUCGUUGUGGUAAAAGUUGUCGAUUGAGAUGGGUGAAUUACCUCAGGCCAGACCUUAAACGUGGUAACUUUGGAGAAGACGAGGAGGAGCUCAUCAUCAAACUUCAUGCACUUCUGGGGAAUAGGUGGUCUUUGAUAGCAGGAAGAUUACCGGGACGGACAGACAAUGAAGUGAAGAAUUAUUGGAACACACAUUUGAAAAAAAAGCUCAUAAAAAGAGGGAUUGAUCCAAAUAACGAUCGAUUAGCACAUUAUUCUGCUGGUGCUCCCAAAUCAUGUCUGUCGAAUUCAAAUAGUAUUCGUACAAGCCCAGUAAACUUCAAUGGCGAUGAUGACAAUAAUGUGGGUGGCUCGGAUUCGUCCAUGGACCCAAAAUGCAACCAGACAAGCAGUUUACCAGACCUAAAUCUAGAUCUUACUGUAGCUCCUCCUCCUAUGGAAUAUGUGGGAUCCUGAUGCAGUUUGUUUUGCCGUAUAUUUGCAAUAUGUCUCUGGAACAUAACUUCUGUUACGUGCUACAUAUUUACUUCAAUAGAAAAUUAGAAUUCCUCAUUUCUAUUUUAAAAAAAAUUAUACCAAUUGCAACAAUUGUGACAGUGGAGUUCAUGGAUUUCUUGACUGAAUGGAAAUGGGAAGAAAAUGUGAGAGAGAGGCGCAGGACUAGGUUAGGGGCGCGCCUGCAACUCGGGGACGAGGAAAUCGGAAGCAGUUACCUAACGGUAUACAUUACUAACGGGCUUGGGGCCAGCCUGGGUCAAACCAGGCCAGGUAGGUUAGUCCUCGCAGCAACUCGAGACUGGUCCUCGUCGCAACUCGAGACUGGUCCUCGUCCUAGGAGAUAAAUAAUAAUAAUAAUAAUAAUAAUAAUUAUUAUUA